AUUUUUUUGACAAUAAAAUCAAAUUACUAAUUCUGAUAUUUUCGAUUCAAAAUUAUGUUCUAAAUUUCGAAAUAAUUCAUUUGCUCACUAUCAAAAUUACAUAACGUGUUUAACAUAAUGGCACCUUGCCCGGACGCGCAGGCCAGAAGGAAGACGUUAUUGUCGAAUUUGAAAAAUUUAGUAUGCCAAAUCGAAGGAAGUUACUGCCCGAAACCGCCGCCGCCGCCUGGAGUGCCGUGCGUGUCGCCCGUUGGUCCGGUAAUAGAAAUUUACGAUCCGCUGCCUAAGGCUUGCGUUCCCAUCUGCAGCCCGUUUAUCCCGCCGCCGGGCCCGCAGGCUCCUUGUGGGGUAGCCACAAGCCCCUGCGGACCUGUACCGUGCGGCCCCGGCCCCUGCGCGCCUUGUGGGCCCUGCGGACCUGGCCCAUGUGGACCCUGCGGACCUGGUCCUUGUGGACCUUGCGGACCAUGUGGCCCUUGUGGUCCUUGUGGUAAGUCUAUAAUUCUAUCAUUACGAUGUACGUCAUAUCUAACCAUCGGUUUUGUACAAGGUUAUCCUAAUCCAUGUGUCAUACCAACCGGGCCGGUAAUGGUACCGCCUGCUAUGCCAAUUUGUACGCCAACUGUACCUCCAUGUGUGCCCCUUUGUAAUCCCUGUCCUGAAGAACAACCGUGUGUUCCUUGUAAUCCACCUAGAAUGAUGGUGUGCUAUAGAAGACCGAAGGUGCAAGCGAUCUGCGGCAAGAGACCGAAAUCGAGGGAAUUGAGAGGAAGUAUUCUUAUGUACGGUUGUUUGUGCGAAAGAAAUAAUGGACUACAGGAUCGUUGUCCACGUUACGAAUGUAAAGGAGCGCCGGAAUGUGGUGCUCAAGGUGGUCCAAUUUGUCAUCCUUCCAUUGGUGCUCACAAGGGACAUCUUCCGAGGAGAAUGUGGGAUGUUGAAGAAUAUCAAUGUUAUCCAGCGUAUAUAAGACUACCGAAUUGUCCACCAUGUGGACCGUUUCCUUGUUUCCCGUUUGGUCCUGGUUGUUCGCCGAAAUAUGGAGCGUGUGGACCGUGCGGUCCGUGCAGUCCGUGCGGUCCAUGCGCCGGUCCUUAUGGACCGAGUUGUGGACCAGGCAGUUGUGUCAAUCCAUGCUCUCCCUGUCCCCCGUGCGGUCCGACUUGUCCGCCUGGUUUACCCGGCGGACCAGGCUGUGGUGCUUGUGGUCCGUGCUCACCAGGUCCUUGUCCUAGUCCGGUAUGUCCUCCACCGUGUGUACCUCUAGUAGCCAAACCGCCCUGCCCACCUGUGGUUUGUCCUUCACCUCCGACUAUAGUACCGGUCGCUCAAAUAGUACCGGUCGUACCUCAACCACCGAUGCCCGUACCUUGUCCGCCUCCAAUUCCAUGCAUUCCUGUCCAACCGCCGCCUGUCUGUCCGCCUCCUUGUCCUAAACCUUGCGCGCCCACUUGUUCCCUUCCGGGUUGUCCGAUGACGGCUCCUCUUCCUUCCUGUGCGAGGCCGCCCGUUUGCAGCGGCCCGCUCACGCCGGCCAUUCCGGAUUGUCCAUUCUCGCCCCUGAUGAAUCCGCUUCCGCGUCCUCCGCCGGGCUGCACCGGCCCCAAACCCAAGCCGCCGCCCAUUUGCGGCCCCUGUCCGCCGGAGAGGCGGUCGCCCUGCCAACCGUGCGGGCCGUGCGUUACAGAUGCCCCCUGUGGGACCUCUUGCAGACCGCCGCCCUACCGUUGCCCGCCUAUUCCCCAUCAGCCCGCCGUGUCACCUUGGUGUCCGCCUUGCGGGCCCGUUCCUAAAUGUUUCAGCCCGCCUGGACCUUGUUACCCUGUUCCCCCUCCAGGACCUUGUGUUUGUUAAUUUAUAUUGUCUUUGUCUGUUAGAGGAGGGUGACUUAAAGGAAUCGAUUCCAAUUAA